UUCCCGCGUUCCGGCGGGAAAGUGACGUCGAUAGAGUGAACUGAAAGUGAAGGUAAAACAGACAGAGGAGAGAAAAUCACGGAAACGCUUGAAUAUACUGAAUGAUACAAUCAAUAAUCUAGAUGUGACUAAAGAAAUAGACGUCAAACACGAGCUUUCUGGUUCCACAUCAGCUGACGAGGAAACACUUUAGAGGACAACAGUAUGGAUACAGUGGGAGUGAAUGUGAUUGAAACAGCGGCUCUAGGGAGACCCUUCCAGCUGGGGAUGCUGUAUGACUGCAGGAAAGAUGCUCUAAUACCAGGAAUCACACUGUGGGAUCCAGAGAAGCUGCAGGAGAGUUUACGAGUCCGUUCCCAAAUUAACACAGAUUACAAAGUCAUGGCUUCAGACUCUAUUGAGGACAAAUCAUCCUUACUGAAGAUUGAUGGCUCUCUGAAACUGAGUGUUUUAGGUGGACUCGUCAGUGUCAGUGGAGCAGCCAAAUAUCUCGAGGACACAAAGAAAUCUUUCAGACAGCAGAGACUGACCCUACAUUAUCAUUCAACUAGCAGGUUUGAAGAACUGACCAUGAAUCACGUGGUACCUGAAAAUAUAGUUCAUCAUAAGGUGUUUGAUAAUGACACAGCGACACACGUGGUGACAGCAGUGCUGUAUGGAGCAGAUGCCUGCUUUGUGUUUGAUAGAGAGGUUUCAUCAGAUGAGGAAAUAAAGAUAGUAGAAGGAGAAGCAAAAGUGGCCCUUGAGAAGCUCAAAUACAUUUCAGUAGAUGCAAACAUCAAUCUGAAGAUGAAUGACGCUCAGAAGAAUGCAGUCCAAAAAUUCACAUGCAUGUUUUAUGGCGACUUCCAGCUACCUUCUAACCCGACUUCUUUUGAAGAUGCGCUGAAGGUUUUUACUGAUCUUCCAAAACUGCUGGGAGAAAAGAAAGAGCUGGCGGUUCCUCUGAGAGUUUGGCUUCAUCCUCUGGACAAACUUCUCUCAAGAGCUUCAAAACUUCAGAAGGACAUCAGCAUGGAUCUAAUCCUAGAAACUGAAUCAGUGAUUGAGAGUUUAAAUACAACUGAGAUGAUUUGCAAUGACCUUCUAGAAGAUUCACCUGCUUCAACUUUUGCUGCAUUUUAUGAUAAAAUUCUGCAAAUGAAGAAAAACUGCUCCAAAUACAAAAAGAGCCUUAUAAAUAAACUCAGCUCUCUGCUGCCAAACAUUCGUGGAGACGUGAAGAAGGAAACUGACCUGAAUGAUCUUCUACAAGAACAUGAUGAAUCUCCAUUCAGUGAAAGUGACCUUACAGAAUGGCUGAAAGAGAGAGAAAGAGAGUCUGUGAUCAUUAAAUCAGUCCUCAGACAGCUGAAGGAUGCUGGUGCACAGGUAGAAGACAACAUAGAUCUGAUCUUGAUGGAUCUGGAGGUUGAGAAUCUGGUCUGUUACACGUUCACAUCAUUGAACUGGACAGAUGCUCUGCUUCUUCAACAAAAGGCCUAUCUGAAUCCUUUAACAAAAGGAGAAACUGAUGAGAACAGCCUUGAUUCAGAUCAAAAGAACUUGAUUGAUUCAAAAGACCGUAAACCAGCCAAGUUCAUUGUGUCCUCAAAGGAAAUGAAGAAUAAUCCAGGUUCCUGCAUUCUGCUGUAUGAAAGUGAAUGUGAUGAAGCUGUUUGCUUUAUUCCUCCAUCCAAACCAGCCUGUCCAAUCACUGAAGAGGUCAAAGGUUAUAGUGUGGUUCUGAAGGUUCCUCCAUCAUGUUCUUCUACAGUGGAGCUCAGAUUACUGUAUAAACGGAAGCAGGACACAGUCUGGAGAUCUAAACCUGUGAUGAAGGAUGAAAACACAGUUACUCUGACUGAUCUGAGAGCAGGAACUGAGUAUGAGAUCAAAUGUGCAGCACUGGGGAAACUCAACUACACCGUAUACAGUGACGUCAUCAGCAUCACCACAGAGGGAAGGAAUCGGUCUGUUAUGGAAUACUGUGGCUUGAUAAAUCAAGGGGCGACCAGCUACUUGAACGCAGUCCUGCAAACCCUCUACAUGACGCAGGAAUACAGGGAAGGUGUAAUGAGACUGGAGAGAAGAGAAGAGCUGAAGUCACUGUUUAAUAAACUAGACAAAGAGCCUCAUCCAGUUUCAACAGCCGGGAUCUCAAAGAGCCUCGGCAUCACAGACGUUCAUGAACACAAAGAUGCAGAAAAAUAUCUGAAUUUGAUUCUGAGGAAGACUCCUGAAGCUUCUGAGAUUUUUAAGGUCAAAGUGAAGAAAACUGGUACAUGCAGUUCAUGCAAGAAAAUGACAUCAGAACAGAGCGAUAUCUUCACAUUGAUGAUCUAUCGUACACAAUCAGAUCAUGUGGGAUCUGCUGUGAAUGAACACAUUGCUGAAAUGUGUAAAGAUCUACACUGCAGUCACUGUUCAAAUAGACCAACACUGGAAAAUAUUAAUAGUCAUUUUGACUUUCCACAAAGACUGAUUGUAGGAUUGAGGAACUUCCGAAAUGACCGGACAAUGAUUGCUCAGUGUAUUGAGGUUUCCACCCACAAAUAUGAGCUUUAUGCCAUGAUAAACCUUUAUGGUACAGUAAAAGAUGGACAUUACAAUGCUAACAUCAAAUCUGACAAUGGAAAAUGGUAUCGAUGUGAUGACAGCAAUGUAUUUCAGGUUCCUGAGGAAGUGCUUUCAGAAAAAAGAACUAUAGACAAAUUAAAAGCAUUUUUUUGGGGUCCAGAAUUACGCAAGUCACUCAGGUGUCCACAUGCCUAUCUAGUCUUGUACAAACGCAGUGAGUAUCACAUGAUUCUGAGAUGAAUAAUCCAUAAACAUUUUCAACAAGAAAAUUAUUUAAAAGCAAAUAUAUUAUUAUUGCAAAGACUAAAUGUGAAGAUGUUCUACUAUUUUAUUGUUGUUUAGAGAGAUUUAGUGUUCAGUUUUCCAAUAUAAACAAACAUUAUAUUUGAUAUUCAUUUGAUCAAUGUACAUUUGGUUUAUCUGUUGUCAUUUUUUUUGUUUUUUUGUUACCAAUUUAUUUUGUUUUUAAAUUCAACAAAACAACAUUCAUUCAAACAAACAGACAUAUUAUCAACAAUUUUACAAUCUAAAAAAAGGGGGGGGGAAUUACUUUAUUAUGAUCGUUCCUAAAUAUCUACUUUAUCAAGUCACUAUUUUAAGGAGGCUGUGAACCAGUUUUGUAUUAUUGUCUUUUUCCAGCUCUAAAACAACAUUCUCUUUUGUAAUGAACUUAUUCAGGAGUCAGAAUUGUCAUUGAGAAGACAGUAAUUAGAGAUGUAAUCAAUUUGUACAAAACAGAACUCACAUGAGUCCAUAUGUUAUCUAUUGCUGUAAUUUGAUAACAUUGGAAUCAUUCUGUUCUUAACAGGUAUCAGUGCCUGAUUCUAUUACUGAACUCAGAUCAGAACAACAUCUUACAAACAGAUGAAAAUCUAAACCUCAAAUAAGCAGAAUGUGCUCUGGAUGUUGUUUGACUGUAAAUGUCUCUGGAAACAGACAGACCUGCGGCUCUGAUAUUACACUGUAUCUGACACACACAGUUCAGUCAUGAGUCUCUGAUCAAGAGAUGAUGAUCUCAGUCAGGUGUGUCACAUUUACUCUCUAUUCACCUGAAUUAUAUUUACCUUCUUGAUUGUUAUUAUUGUGAACAUUUUUAUGCUUUCUUUACCUUGUAAUCUUUAGUCAAAAUGUAAUAACCUACUGUUCAUAUGAUUAUUAUGCAUGUUCAGUUCAGCCAAUCACAUUCAGAUGGGACCAUAGUAAACAGUAUUACUGAGUUCAGUACAUUUGUUCAUUUAUUAAGACACAUUUGAUAGAUUUUGUAUAUUAAUCAAACUAUGUAAUGACUAAGUGUUUAUAUUAUAAGUCAGUGAUAUAUACAACCAAAGAGCUUACACACGAUGAAGAUAAUUAUAGAGGAACUGAAAGUGUUAUCCUACAUUGAUUCUGCAUGAGAACAGCAUGAUAAUCAUCUAUCAUAAAAGAUUCAUGUAUAUGUCAAUAAAAGUCUAUAUUGUGAGCAAAUAAGAUGAAAUAUAUCAUAAAUAUAGUGUAUGAUUGCAUGUUACAGAAUCUGUGUAAAUGUGUUAAUGUGUUUAGAAGGAAAUUUAAAGGUCCCGUUCUUCGUGAUCCCAUGUUUCAAACUUUAGUUAGUGUGUAAUGUUGUUGUUGUUAGAAUAUAAAUAAAAUCUGUAAAAUGUUAAAGCUCAAUGCCAAGCGAGAUAUUUU